AUGCUUGCUCAGGAGAAACUCGCUCAGGAGUUCGUGAACGCCAUCAAUUUGGAGUUACAAUGCGACAAUGUUCUCACAGACUCGUAUCUAUCGAAAUAUUCCCCUAAAAAGCUUGCCUCCUUUGGUCUUGCUAUCGUCAACUUGACCAUGACCAACAUGAGAUCGGGUAUAGGCGGCAAAUCACUCAUUGAACUAGGACUUGAUCCUGCUGUGCUGCAGCCUGACGAAGAAAUCAAAUCAGGUUCUCUUCGUGUUGGUGAUAUUGUUCAAUUGGACAAGUUGAAGAGUGCUACCGCCAAGGACACUGAGCUGACUGCUUUGGAGGGUGUCGUUACUAGACUCUCUUCCUCGGCUGUCAUCGUUUCUGUAGAAGAAGAUACUUCUGAUGACAAGUUGCUCAAUUUGUACAACAACACGGGAAACGACCAUUCCAGAAUGUGGGUGGUUAAGUUGACUAACUACAUCACCUAUAAGCGAAUGCUCCAAGCUAUGAAACGGUUGGAGACAUUGAGUGAAGGCAGCAAAAGUGAAGUGUUACGGAUUUUAUUGGGAGAGGCUUCUUUUGUGCCGAGAACAGCGCCAAAGUCAAGAACAACCUUUUUUGAUAAGCUGCUCAACGAUUCACAAAAGAAGGCUAUUGACUUUGCCAUUCACAUUUCUCCAGUCACCAUCAUACACGGGCCUCCGGGAACGGGCAAGACAUAUACGCUUAUUGAGUUGAUCAAGCAAUUGACUUUCAACCAGGGCGAACGGGUCUUGGUCUGUGGAGCCUCCAACAUCUCUGUGGAUAACAUCCUCGAGCGAUUAUCGCCAGUUUUCACAACCGAAGAUGAUGGUGCUAAAAAGAGUCGCCGAAAAGCAAAGACAUCACUCAACAAUGAACAUCUCAUCAGAAUAGGUCACCCAGCCAGGCUUCUCGAAGCGAACCACAAGCAUUCAUUGGACGUUCUUUCCAAAUCACUGAGUCUGUCUGGUGAGGCUGGAGAGCAAAGGGCGAUUUUGAGAGACGUUGAAAAGGACAUUUCCUCCACGCUUACUCAAAUCAAAAAAUGCAAGAGAUAUGGAGAAAGGAAGGCACUCUGGGGCGAGGUGAAAAGUCUCCGUAAAGAGCUUCGUACACGAGAACAGAAAAUCGUUCUGGAGCUUCUCCGCAAUGCCAGAGUGAUACUUUCCACGUUGCAUGGUGCCGGCUCAAACGAGCUCUUCAACUUGUACAAGAGCGGAGAGUUCAAUUCGGACAACCCGUUCUUCGACACGAUCGUGAUAGACGAGGUGUCUCAGUCGCUUGAGCCGCAGUGCUGGAUUGCCUUGGCGACUCAUUUAGGGGUCAAGCGGCUCGUCAUAGCAGGAGACAAUUUGCAGCUUCCGGCCACGGUGAAGUCGAAAGAAGAAGCUGAUAAUCUACGCAAGAAGAAGGGUCUGGACCCGCUCGCAGACCUCGAAUUCACCCUCUUUGACCGUUUGAUGGAGCAUCAUGGCGGCGCCGACUACAAAAAAUUACUCGAUGUUCAGUACAGAAUGAACACCGAGAUCAUGGAAUUCCCGUCGGAAACACUCUACGGUGGUCAGCUAAAAGCUGCCGAUUCAGUCAAGGACAUUAUCCUCCGCGACCUCAAAGACGUCGACGAAACAGACGACACCCAGAUACCGUGUGUGUGGUAUGAUACGCAAGGCGGGGACUUUCCCGAACGAGUGGAGGACGAUGAAGGAAAAAGCGUUUUGGCCAGUAGUGGGUCCAAGUACAACGACCUGGAAGCUGCAGUAGCAGUGCAGCACAUCGGCCAGUUGAUCGAAGCAGGAGUGAAGCCGGAGCAGAUCGGAGUGAUUUCCCCUUACAGUGCCCAAGUGGCGGUUUUGAAGAAAGCAUUGCAGAAGCUUGAGGUGGCAGUGGAGGUCUCGACCAUCGACGGUUUCCAAGGUAGAGAAAAAGAGGCUAUAGUGGUAUCGUUGGUGCGGUCCAAUGAUGAGAGAGAAAUCGGGUUUCUCAGCGAUAAAAGACGGCUUAACGUGGCGAUGACAAGACCGAAACGGCAUCUCUGCAUCAUAGGAGACAUGGAGACUCUAGAACGCAGCGGCGACCGGUUUCUCCGUGAUUGGGUGAAGUACUGCGAAGAGAAGUACGAAAUCAGGUAUGUGGACGCCGUGGGGCUCUAG